GACUGUACAUGCCGCUGUUUGACCGACUUGUUAUUAUCUUUUAACUCGUGUUAAGUUAAUUAGUUCGUUUAUUUUCGAAUUUAAUUGAUUUUGUGAUAAUUUAAUUCAGUGCUGACGUGGUAAUUGACAGGAACCUUUUUGCUCUCUAGUUUGUUAGGGCAACAUGGAGGUUAUGAUGGAACAAGAUGUGCGUUUCCUUACUGAAGAUGAGCUUAAAGAGAAAUCAAAGAAAUGGCAAUUGUUACAGUCUAAAAGAUAUGCUGAUAAAAGGAAAUUUGGUUACCAAGAGGCUCAAAAAGAGGAGAUGCCUCCGGAACAUGUUAGAAAAAUCAUCCGUGAUCAUGGAGAUAUGACAAGUAAAAAGUAUCGACAUGAUAAGAGAGUCUACCUUGGGUCGCUUAAAUUUAUGCCUCAUGCUGUUCUCAAGCUAAUGGAAAAUAUGCCAAUGCCAUGGGAACAAAUUCGUGAAGUUCAAGUCCUUUAUCACAUUACAGGUGCCAUAACCUUCGUUAAUGAAAUACCCUUGGUAAUUGAACCUGUUUAUAUCGCUCAAUGGGGCAGCAUGUGGGUCAUGAUGAGGAGAGAGAAACGUGACCGUCGUCAUUUCAAAAGAAUGAGAUUUCCACCCUUUGAUGACGAAGAACCUCCACUAGAUUAUGCUGAUAAUGUUCUUGAUGUUGAACCAUUGGAAGCAAUUCAAAUGGAAUUGGACCGUGAAGAUGAUGCCGCUGUGGUCGAUUGGUUCUAUGAACACAAACCAUUGUCCGAUUCUAGAUAUGUUAAUGGACCUUCUUACAAGAAAUGGAAUCUUGCUAUUCCUCAACUAGCCAGUCUCUAUAAACUGGCCGAACCUUUGAUAACUGACCUUUUAGAUGAAAAUUAUUUUUAUCUAUUUGAUUUAAAAUCUUUCUUCACCGCUAAAGCCCUAAACAUGUCCAUUCCUGGUGGACCCAAAUUUGAGCCUCUAAUCAAAGACAUCAAUCCAGCUGAUGAAGAUUGGAAUGAAUUUAACGAUAUCAAUAAGAUUAUCAUUCGACAACCAAUUCGAACCGAAUACCGAAUUGCUUUCCCUUAUUUAUACAAUAAUCUACAACACUUGACCAACUAUGUCCACCUCUCAUGGUAUCAUACACCGAAUGUUGUCUUUAUCAAAACGGAAGAUUUGGAUUUACCAGCUUUCUACUUUGAUCCUCUUAUUAAUCCAAUUACCCACAGUCGAGUUUCAGUUAAAACAAUUGAGCCCAUUCCUGAUGAUGAUAAAUUAGACGAUGAUAUCUUCACUUUACCUGAUGAUGUUGAGCCUUACAUGAGUAGUUUUCCUCUUUAUACAGAUAACACUGCUAAUGGAAUCGCUCUUCUUUGGGCUCCUAGACCAUAUAAUUUACGUUCAGGACGAACUCGUCGUGCUAUCGAUAUUCCACUGGUCAAAUCUUGGUAUCUUGAACAUUGUCCACCCAAUAUGCCGGUUAAAGUUCGAGUGUCAUAUCAGAAAUUGUUGAAAUAUUUUGUCCUUAAUGCACUCAAACAUCGUCAUCCCAAACCCCAAAAGAAAAGAUAUUUAUUCCGUUCUUUUAAAGCAACUAAAUUUUUCCAAACGACAACACUUGAUUGGGUUGAAGCGGGUCUUCAAGUUUGUCGACAAGGUUACAAUAUGUUGAAUCUCUUGAUUCAUCGUAAAAACCUAAACUAUCUUCAUCUCGACUAUAAUUUCAACCUUAAACCAGUUAAAACAUUGACCACCAAGGAACGUAAAAAGUCAAGAUUUGGUAAUGCCUUCCAUUUAUGUCGAGAAAUCCUCCGGUUAACCAAAUUAGUCGUUGACAGUCACGUUCAAUAUCGACUGAACAACGUUGACGCCUUUCAACUGGCCGAUGGUCUUCAAUACAUAUUCGCUCAUGUUGGUCAACUAACUGGAAUGUAUCGUUACAAGUAUAAACUUAUGAGACAAAUCAGAAUGUGUAAAGAUCUCAAACAUUUAAUUUACUAUCGAUUCAACACUGGUCCAGUUGGUAAAGGUCCUGGUUGUGGAUUUUGGGCUCCCGGUUGGAGAGUCUGGUUAUUUUUCCUUCGAGGGAUCACACCUCUACUCGAAAGAUGGCUUGGUAAUUUACUGUCCCGUCAAUUUGAGGGUCGUCAUUCAAAAGGUGUUGCAAAAACAGUAACCAAACAAAGAGUUGAAAGUCAUUUCGAUCUUGAGCUUCGUGCAUCCGUUAUGCAUGAUAUUCUGGACAUGAUGCCCGAAGGUAUUAAACAAAAUAAAGCUCGAACAAUCUUACAACAUCUAAGUGAAGCCUGGAGAUCAUGGAAAGCAAACAUUGCAUGGAAAGUCCCUGGUUUACCAAUACCUAUCGAAGCGAUGAUUACUCGAUAUGUUAAAAUGAAAGCCGAUUGGUGGACCAAUACCGCUCAUUACAAUCGUGAAAGAAUCCGAAGAGGAGCGACCGUUGAUAAAACUGUUUGCAAGAAAAAUCUUGGUCGAUUAACCCGUUUAUACCUUAAAGCUGAACAAGAAAGACAACACAAUUAUCUUAAAGAUGGUCCAUAUAUUAGCACUGAAGAAGCUGUUGCCAUUUACACGACAACAGUCAAUUGGCUGGAAAGCAGACGAUUCUCACCAAUUCCUUUUCCACCCUUGUCUUAUAAACACGAUACAAAGUUACUCAUUUUGGCCUUGGAACGUCUUAAAGAAGCUUAUAGUGUAAAAAGUAGACUUAAUCAAUCACAACGUGAAGAACUUGGUCUCAUUGAACAAGCUUAUGAUAAUCCACACGAAGCCUUAUCUCGUAUUAAACGUCAACUGUUAACUUCAAGAGCUUUCAAAGAGGUUAGCAUUGAGUUCAUGGAUCUUUAUUCACAUCUGAUUCCUGUUUACGAUGUUGAACCUUUGGAAAAGAUUACCGAUGCUUAUUUAGAUCAAUAUCUCUGGUAUGAAGCGGACAAGAGACGACUGUUUCCACCUUGGAUUAAACCAGCAGACUCUGAACCACCACCACUUCUGACAUACAAAUGGUGUCAAGGAGUUAAUAAUCUCAAUAAUGUUUGGGAUACCAGUGAAGGAGAGUGUAAUGUCCUUUUAGAAUCUAAAUUUGAAAAAAUUUAUGAGAAAAUUGAUCUCACUCUUCUUAAUCGACUUCUUCGUCUUAUCGUUGAUCAUAACAUUGCCGAUUAUAUGACAGCUAAAAAUAACAUCACCAUAAAUUACAAAGAUAUGAAUCAUACCAAUUCUUAUGGUAUCAUUAGAGGUUUACAAUUUGCCUCAUUCAUUGUCCAAUAUUAUGGACUGGUUCUUGACCUUCUAGUCCUUGGUUUACAACGAGCUAGUGAAAUGGCUGGUCCACCACCGAUGCCAAAUGAUUUCCUUCAAUUUCAAGACACCGAAACGGAAGAAGCUCAUCCAAUCCGACUUUACUGUCGUUACAUUGAUCGUAUUCACAUCUUUUUCCGUUUCACUGCAGAAGAAGCUCGAGAUCUUAUCCAACGUUAUCUCACCGAACAUCCUGAUCCCAAUAAUGAGAAUAUUGUUGGUUACAAUAAUAAAAAAUGUUGGCCUCGAGAUGCAAGAAUGCGUCUCAUGAAGCACGAUGUUAAUUUGGGUAGAGGUGUUUUCUGGGAUAUCAAGAAUCGUUUACCUCGUUCGGUAACCACAGUCAAUUGGGAAAACAGUUUCUGUUGUGUUUAUAGUAAAGAUAAUCCAAAUCUUUUGUUCAAUAUGUGUGGAUUUGAAUGUCGUAUCUUACCAAAAUGUCGUGUGAUACAAGAAGAAAUGUCGAGUAAAGAUGGAACAUGGAAUCUUCAAAAUGAAGUGACUAAAGAGAGAACUGCUCAGUGUUUCCUUCGAGUUGAUGAAGAAUCUUUACAAAGAUUCCACAAUCGUGUUCGACAAAUUCUUAUGGCUUCAGGAUCUACGACUUUCACCAAGAUUGUGAAUAAAUGGAAUACCGCUCUCAUCGGUUUAAUGACUUACUUCCGUGAAUCAGUUGUAAACACACCCGAACUUUUAGAUCUUUUAGUCAAAUGUGAAAACAAAAUUCAAACUCGAAUUAAGAUUGGUUUAAAUUCUAAAAUGCCGAGUCGUUUCCCUCCAGUUGUUUUUUACACUCCUAAAGAACUUGGUGGACUUGGUAUGCUUUCAAUGGGUCAUGUUCUUAUCCCUCAAAGUGACCUUCGUUGGUCUAAGCAAACUGAUGUUGGUAUUACACAUUUCCGAUCCGGUAUGAGUCACGAUGGUGAUCAAGUUAUUCCAAAUUUAUAUCGUUACAUUCAACCUUGGGAGACUGAAUUUAUUGAUUCUCAACGAGUUUGGGCUGAAUAUGCAUUAAAACGACAAGAAGCUUUAGCACAAAAUCGACGUUUAACUCUGGAAGAUCUAGAAGACAGUUGGGAUCGUGGUAUCCCUCGUAUUAAUACUCUUUUCCAAAAAGAUCGUCACACUUUGGCUUAUGACAAAGGUUGGCGAGUUCGAACUGAUUUUAAACAAUAUCAAGUAUUGAAACAAAAUCCAUUUUGGUGGACUCAUCAGCGACACGAUGGUAAACUAUGGAAUCUUAACAAUUAUCGAACUGACAUGAUCCAAUCUCUUGGAGGUGUUGAAGGUAUUCUGGAACACACACUUUUCCGUGGUACUUAUUUCCCAACCUGGGAAGGUCUUUUCUGGGAAAAAGCUAGUGGUUUCGAGGAAUCAAUGAAAUACAAAAAACUGACCAAUGCCCAAAGAUCGGGUUUAAAUCAAAUUCCCAAUCGUCGUUUUACUCUCUGGUGGUCACCAACAAUCAAUCGAGCCAAUGUUUAUGUUGGUUUCCAAGUCCAACUUGAUUUAACUGGUAUCUUUAUGCACGGUAAAAUUCCGACCCUGAAAAUUUCUCUCAUUCAAAUUUUCCGUGCUCAUUUGUGGCAAAAAAUUCAUGAAAGUAUUGUUAUGGAUCUUUGUCAAGUUUUCGAUCAAGAACUUGAUGCACUUGAAAUUGAAACUGUCCAAAAGGAAACUAUUCAUCCUCGUAAAUCGUACAAAAUGAACAGUUCAUGUGCCGAUAUUUUACUGUUCGCUGCUUACAAGUGGAAUGUUUCUCGAACUUCUCUUCUAGCUGAUGCUAAGGAUACGAUGGACGGAACAACUACCCAAAAGUAUUGGAUCGAUGUACAAUUGCGAUGGGGUGAUUACGAUUCUCACGAUAUUGAAAGAUAUGCUCGAGCUAAAUUUUUGGAUUAUACCUCAGACAAUAUGAGUAUCUAUCCUUCACCUACUGGUGUCCUGAUUGCAGUUGAUUUGGCUUACAAUUUACAUUCUGCUUUCGGUAAUUGGUUCCCUGGCUGUAAACCUUUGAUCCAACAAGCAAUGGCUAAGAUAAUGAAGGCCAAUCCAGCGCUUUAUGUUUUACGUGAAAGAAUCCGUAAAGGUUUACAACUUUACUCUUCAGAACCAACUGAACCUUAUCUGUCAUCUCAGAAUUAUGGUGAACUUUUCUCUAAUCAAAUCAUUUGGUUUGUCGAUGAUACAAAUGUCUACAGAGUAACAAUUCAUAAAACUUUCGAAGGCAAUCUCACCACUAAACCAAUUAACGGAGCCAUUUUUAUCUUCAAUCCAAGAACUGGACAACUCUUCCUUAAAAUCAUUCACACUAGUGUUUGGGCUGGUCAAAAACGUUUAGGUCAAUUGGCCAAAUGGAAAACAGCUGAAGAAGUCGCUGCUUUGAUUAGAUCACUUCCCGUUGAAGAACAACCUAAACAAAUUAUCGUCACUCGUAAAGGAAUGCUUGACCCAUUGGAGGUCCAUUUAUUGGAUUUCCCCAACAUCGUAAUCAAAGGUAGUGAGCUUCAAUUGCCAUUCCAAGCUUGUCUCAAAGUCGAAAAGUUUGGUGAUCUUAUUUUGAAAGCAACCGAACCUCAAAUGGUUCUAUUCAACCUUUAUGACGAUUGGCUCAAAACGAUAUCCUCAUACACAGCUUUCUCUCGAUUAAUUUUGAUUCUUCGAGCUCUCCAUGUGAAUAAUGAACGAACAAAAGUUAUCCUUAAGCCUGACAAAACAACAAUUACAGAACCUCAUCACAUUUGGCCUUCAUUAACCGAUGAAGAAUGGAUUAGGAUAGAAGUUCAAUUGAAAGAUUUAAUUCUCGCUGAUUAUGGUAAAAAGAACAAUGUAAAUGUGGCCUCACUUACUCAAUCCGAAAUUCGUGAUAUCAUCCUGGGUAUGGAAAUCUCAGCUCCAUCAGCUCAACGACAACAAAUCGCUGAAAUUGAAAAGCAAACCAAAGAACAGUCCCAAUUAACCGCAACAACAACCCGAACAGUUAACAAACAUGGUGAUGAGAUAAUUACAUCAACCACAAGUAAUUACGAGACUCAAACAUUUGCAAGUAAAACCGAAUGGAGAAUUCGAGCCAUUUCAGCAACCAACCUUCAUCUUCGAACUCAACAUAUUUUUGUAUCAUCUGAUGAUGUCAAAGAAACGGGUUACACGUACAUCUUACCCAAAAAUAUUCUUAAAAGUUUUAUCAUCAUAUCUGACUUGAGAACUCAAAUUUCUGGCUAUCUUUAUGGUUGCUCACCUGGUGAUAAUCCUCAAGUUAAAGAGAUACACUGUAUUGUGAUGCCUCCUCAAUGGGGAACUCAUCAAGUAGUUCAUUUACCUUCACAAUUACCAACAAGUGAAUAUAUUUCUGAUUUUGAACCUUUAGGCUGGAUUCAUACACAACCAAAUGAAUUACCUCAACUGUCCCCUCAAGAUAUUACCACUCAUGCCAAAAUUAUGAACGACAAUUCAACCUGGGACGCAGAUAAGACCAUAGUUAUCACAUGUAGUUUUACUCCUGGUUCAUGUUCACUUACUGCAUACAAAUUGACACCAACGGGCUACGAAUGGGGUCGAAAUAAUACCGAUCGUGGUAACAAUCCUAAAGGUUACCUUCCAUCGCAUUAUGAGAAAGUUCAAAUGUUACUAUCAGAAAGAUUCCAAGGUUUCUUCAUGGUACCUGCUCAAGGAUCAUGGAACUAUAACUUUAUGGGUGUAAGUCACAGUGCUAACAUGAAGUACGAUAUAAAACUUGGUCGACCAAAACCUUUCUAUCAUGAAGCCCAUCGAACAGCUCAUUUCUUAAAGUUCAGUACAAUCGAAGAGUCGGAAAAUGUUGGCGUGGAUCGGGAAAAUCUAUUCGCUUAAUUAUUAAGAUCAAAACACUUGUAUCACUUGUCCUGCCGGCGUAUUCAUAGUAAAAACUAUUCGACCUAUGAAAAAGAUUGAAACUCCAUCAAACCAAAAUUAGGUUUCUGUUUUUUUUAAAAUAAUUUUAAGGAUCCCGGCGGAAAUUUCAUCUCAACACUCACCUCAUUUGAAAUUAUUUCAAUCAUCUCUGUAAAAAUAAUCUUUAUAAAAAAAUACAGUUCAUUGAGAAACAUUAAUAACACAAUUAAAAUUCAACUUAAAGUAAAA